AUGCCUGCUAUCGCCCACCUCCAAGCACGCUUCUUGGAAGACUCCAGUGGUAGUGGUGGAAUCUCGGGAACAGCCAUCGCCCUCAUCGUGUGUCUUGGAAUUGUACCGUGCAUUGUCUUGAUCUGGGCUGUUUGCUAUCUCUUCUGGGCCUACCCAUACGACCGCAACUGCUGCUGCAUCAAGCGAAAGCGCCGCCCAGAACCACAAAGUGUAUCGAACCAAGCGCCGAUGAGCGAAGAGACACUAUACGAAAAGCCCGGUGUCGCACCACCACAACGACCAUUUUCUGGCCAGUAUAGGACCGACACAGGAAGCUCAAGCAACAGUGGACGUCUACAGAAGCAGCAAAGGCCUGGUAGCGGAGUCGACCCCCGGAACACGCGUAUGAGUUUGAACAGCGUCGUCAGUGCCAACACUAUCACUUAUGCUCAAGAGCCCAAGCCAUUUGUGUGA